UUUAGUCGUCAUGGAAUUGUUGUGUGUGCGCCUUAUAAGCGCUAGUCAAUUAUGAUCGCAUUUCUUAUUUUGGCUAGAAGACAACGCAUCCGCCGACAUCGAAUGUUAGCCAUCCCACUAUAUCAAGAAAAUCGAAAAGUACAAUGUAUAAACGUGAUGAUGUCAGGAAAAGUAAUGUGCGCAGGCUAACGUAUUUUUCUAAGAAGCCAGUGCAUAAUAGUAGCAGUAGCAGCAGGAUUUCUGCCGAUAAAUGUGUGCUUUAGUAUUGUUCUCUUUGGAAACUGUGGUAUAAACGGGAUAAACGCCUCCUUUCUGUGCAUGACCUUGUCCCGCUGCGUUGUCCAUUAUUUCCAAGAUGAACCUAGCUAUCAUUUUGACACUUCUAACCAUUCAGCGCUCUAUUGCAUGUGGUAGAGCAGAGUACAGAACAGGUGAUGAAUGCUGUCCUAUGUGUUCACCAGGAAACCGGGUACAUAAACACUGUACAGAAUUUACAAGUACUUCCUGUGUCCCCUGUACCGACUCCUCUUUCCUUGAUGAACCCAAUGGUCUUACAGCAUGCGUACUGUGUACAAACUGUGACCCAGGCUUUGGUCUGAAGGUAAAGCAGCCAUGUAGACCUUCAUCAGACACUGUCUGUGGGACACUGGAGGGGUUCUACUGUCUAGACCCAACUAAGGAUGGUUGUAGAGCAGCCCAGAGACACAGCAGCUGUAAACCUGGUCAAUACAUCAACCACACAGGAACAAUAUCUACAGAUACUGUGUGUUCUGACUGUACUGGUGACACCUAUUCAGAUGGAUCAUUAACAUCCUGCCAGCCACACACACAAUGUGAUACCUUGAAGCUUCAGCAAAUUAAACCUGGAACUCAUUGGUCCGACUCUGAAUGUGGACCACAGACCUCCCCUCCCAUAGCAAUAAUAUCUGCUGUGGUGAUGGUGCUGGUACUAGCUGUGAUGGCAGCAGUAGCUAUUAGAAGAAAAAGAAAAUAUCCUGUAUCUGGUGAGAUCAUUUUGGGCAAUUGUACAGUUUAAUUUAUUGUUUUAAUUGCCCAGAUGAACAAGUGAGAAACAUCCAACACUGAAUCAAAUCACAUUUUAUUUGUCACAUGUGCCGAAUACA